AUGGCCUUAACACCCCCAUCUAGGAAUAGUUGUGAAGAGUUACGUUGCUUAUGGGCUCAAUGUGGUCAUAGUUUCGAUGACCCAGAAUUACUUUAUAACCAUUUAGCUAAUGAUCAUGUUGGUCGAAAAUCUACCGGAAACUUAUGUCUUAGUUGUCAUUGGGAUAGAUGUGAAGUUCAAACCACUAAAAGGGAUCAUAUUACCAGUCACUUGAGAGUUCACGUUCCUUUAAAACCACACAUCUGUGAGAGUUGUAAGAAAGCUUUUAAACGUCCCCAAGAUUUAAAGAAACAUGAAAAGAUACAUACCCCCGAACAUCAAAACCAUAUGAUCAAACAAAGAUUUAAUAGAGAUAGAGGUAGAAAUCAACCACCUACUCCACCUCAUCAAUAUUCUUCUGGAGAUUCUUCCGCUUCUUCUCCUCAACAAGUACCUCUUUCACCUGAUAGUAACACAUCGAGUGUUUAUAUAUCAAAUCAAGAUAUUUAUUAUUACUCCGAUUACCCCGAUUACCCCGAUGAUGUGGAUUAUCAAUUUCAACCCGUUGUAUCAAUUCCAAGAAAUUCAAAACGUAACAUAGAAGUUUUUGAUGAAUUUUGUCAUGAUGUAAAAAGAAAGCGAAUUGAUCCAUUAUACAAUGAAGUUCUUGUUGAUAAAUUGGAAAAUCUUUCUAAAGCUUUUGGAGAUGAAGAGGGUAUCGAUCAAAUAAGUUUAGCUUCAUUUAGUACAAAAGAAGAUUUUAAUGUGAUUAGUGAUUUCUUGGAACAAACUUUACGUGCAAUGAAUAAUAAUGAUUUCAAUAUUCAUUCUGAAAUUAAUACCAAUAAUUCUUAUCCUGAUUCUACGAUAUUAUCUUAUCCAUCUGAUACCUUUACUACUACCACCACCAAUAAUACUACUGAUACAGGAAGUUUAUAUUCAUCUUUAAAUCUUGAUAUUGUUCAUAGUAAAGAAUCACCUGAUAUUAAUAAUGCUACAACUACAACCACUACAACUUGUGAUGGAAAUGUUAUUUAUAAUUUCUCACCAUCGGUUAAUAAUACUACAACUAAUGUUCCAGUUGUUUGUUCUAAUGAUGUUGUAGUAGAAAAUUUAUAUCCUAUAACUGCAACAACCGGAUUAACUGGUGGGGUUUAUAACAAUACAGCAUUUCCUAGUCCACCUGAAGAUGAUUGGGAUAAUGUUUAUCCUAUUUAUCCUUCUACGACAGCGACAGUUCCCACCACAGUGACGACAACAAAAGUAGAGAAUAAUGUAACGAAGAAUAGAGAUAUAGAUGAAUUGACUAAAAAGGUUUCCGACUUAAAAAUAGGUGGAAUUAAAAAAAUUGAUAAAGAACCAAAUCUAAAUAAUAAUAAUAAAUAUAACGAGGCUUUAAGACAAAAACAUCUGGCUUUCGUUUCUUCUGUACAUAAAAAGAUUGGCCAACUUGCUGAACAAUUCGAAACGACAUCAACUUUGGGAUCAUCCAAUGAAAUCAAAUUUUCAACUUUUUAA